AUGGCUCUUACUGUGGACAAAUUGAUAAACGACGACAGGUUUUGUGGCGACAAUGUAUUCCAGUUUGUUGCGUUUUUACCCUUCGCUCUAUUGCUGCUUGUGGCGAGAGUGUUCCUGGCUCUUUUUCUGUGGAUCGCGUCUAUCAUACUGCCCAAUAAAUCAGCUGUUCGGCAGAUGUUAUCGACUUUGGCAUGUUGGACCUUUGGUGUGUAUGUGAAGACGAAAGGUACUAGAGACCCGCGCUGUAGUGUGAUGGUAGCAAAUUACGUGUCCUGUCUGGACUCUUUGGCGGCGUCACACGUUCUCGGAACCAUUAGUCUCAGAAAAUGGAAAGUGCCGCCAUUUUUUGCGUCCACUUUGGGCAUUCGGAAUGCUGCGCAAUUUGUAAGGAAACAACAUUUUGCUGAUUGCCCCAACAAACCAGUACUUUUGCAGCCAGAAGGAGGCCCUACGAACGGCAAGGGCCUGCUUAAGUUCACGGACUGGCCCUUCCAGAUCGGAAACAGGGUGCAGCCUGUUGCUAUUACCGUAGAGCGCCUCUUCACAAACGUGACAGUGCACCGUCAAUCAGACGCUCGUGACAAAUUCCCCUGGUCAGACGCGCUCUGGUUCCUGUGCACACCUGUCACAGUGUUCCAGCUGCGUCUGCUGCCUCCACUCGAGAGGCUUGAUGACGACGACAAUGUCUUCGCAGCGAGACUCAGGCAGACGCUCGCUGAAGCGCUUGAGGUGGAGAUGACGGAGUUCAAGUGGGAGGAGUUGAACCGCGGUUCAACGGCUACCCGUCGCGAGCCACCUGCGGAACUGGUCAGGCUGGCCAGGCAGGUCAAGGAGGUGCUGCCCAGGGUGCCUAUGAGGGACAUUAUGAGGGAUUUGUCCGUGACGCGCAGCGUGGACGUGACCAUCACGAACUUCCUGGAGGGCGUCACGCCCUUCACGCCGGAGCCCUCGGACGCGCCCACGCCCAGCACGUCGCAGGCGCAGCCCAGGUACGUAACGCCAGUGCCUACAGGCGUAUUCCCGAAGAGUGCGAAGGAGCGACAGCUCAGCUUCCAGGAGAAGAAAGCCCAGAUGAUCGCAGACGCGAGAAAGAGGUACAUCGAGAGGCACGGCCUCAGCCUCGCGCUCAACAACUGCUAAACCACAAAUUGAUCGAUACGUCGCUUUGGUUUUUAUAGAGGUGGUUACUUGGUAAAAUUGAUCUUGCGUGCAUAUGAAUGUUUACCAGUGGUGGGUAGAAACAAUGGACCUCCACCAGCCGUUGACUGUUAUUGACGUCAUUUUACUCAUUAGGUAACGCACUUUUGGUAUCAGUUUGAAGAUUUUUGACAUCUCAUAUAUUCAUGGAAUAAUCGCCUAGGCACACUUAACGAUUACACCCUGUAUAUAAAAUGGAAAAGUAAUAAUGAAUAUCUUAGUGAAAGGUAUUUUUGAAUUCAAUAUAUAUGUCGUCCGUUUGUGUACGCACGCGACGAACCAAACUUAUGGCCGUGUGGAACAAACCUUACUACUUCCACUUGUCCAGUCCAACAUCUUGAUUAUACAGAUGCGUGCCGUACUUGGUUAUAAUAGUAUCUAUUUGUCCCAGUGCUUUCUCUAAUUUUUGAUCUCACUUUCAUUCACGCGAUUAAGGUUGUAUAUUCUCUUGGUGAGUUCGUAAGGUAAUUGACCAAUUUAGGGUUGACUCUUGACAAAAACAGGUGUGUUUGUCGUCCGGGUCAAGUUACUUUGGUCCGAUAUUUGGAAUCGGCAGACUUAGUUUAUUAGUCUGCACUUAUUGUAUGAAUGUCUCGAGCUGUCACCACGUGAUUGGUAACAAAAAGUUAUUGUGUGCGCUUAACCUAAGACUCAACAAUAAUUGAGUAGUCAGUUUAACCAAGUAACCAUUUAUCUCGCAGACACAGCACAUAAUUUUGGAAUUUGAGUAACUUUUAGUAACUUUGAUUUUCAAAAUUAUGUUUUUCAGAUUAUUAAUUUUAGGCGCGGUGUAACUGUUUGAAUUCUAUGGAGAAAUAAAAUUGAUAUAUGCAAUCGAACAAUAAUAGACUAAAGACAGUUCGAGUAAGCAUAAUAUAAAAAUAUGCAUUCGUUUGCCGUCAUAAUCGUAUAUUAGAU